GUGCUUGGCGGGAAACUAGACCGCCUCUUUUCAGUUCGCUUCGUAGACUUCAGAGGCUGCAGCCUUCAAAUACCGACUCUUGCCUUAAAUUCCUCCGAGGGAUCCACCAACAACAUGGCAAAGCGCUAUCGGUUUCCGGGUCGUAUGUAGGAGCAAGGAAGCAUAUUGAGAAACACCCUACUAGGAAACAUUUUGAAGUGUUACGAUACGUGUGUCGUCUUGUUAGCUUUAAACUCAGUCAUGGAUUCUCUGGAUAAAGAGCUAAUCUGUGCAGUUUGUCAGGAUAUAUUUGAAGAACCUGUAACUUUACCGUGUGGUCACAAUUACUGCGAGCGGUGUGUCCACGACCUGAAGAGAUCCCUGAGAGAAACCGAUGAUGAUGAGCGCGCGAGGACUCGCUAUUACACGUGCCCUCUGUGUUUGUCUCCGUGCGACUCGAGAGUGGAGCUCAAGAAAAACACCGUGCUCAGUAACAUCAUUGAAAAAUACCAGAGUAAGAAAGAGACGGGUAUCGAGUGCAGCGUGUGUAAGGGUGAACAGAAACUGGCAGCGGAGAAAGUCUGCAUUAAAUGCGACGAGUAUUACUGCACUGUGCACGUGAUGCCUCAUCUGGAGAAUAACACACUGCGAGAGCACGUGCUGAUCGAUCCAGUGGCUAACACCAGCAGACUGUGUAAAGUACAUGGGAAAGAGCUGGAGUUAUUCUGUACGACUGACAGCACUGCUCUGUGUGUGUACUGCAUGUUGCCAUCAGAAGCCAAACAUCUGCAGGGUCACAAUGUGGUCAAACUCUCUGACUCCAUGGAUAGUUUUAAGGAGGAGUGUCAAGUUAAACUUGACUGUAUUAAAGCUAACCUGUCUAAAGUUCAAGAUGGACUUUCCAUACUAGACGAACAGUCAUCUGCCACUAAGGAGGAGAUUGAGAAUCAGCAGGAAGAAAGCACAAAGGUCUUGAGCAGGAUGAGGCUUUUCUUAAGUUUUGAAGAGAAAGCCUGGCAGAAGCGUUUCUCGGUGGACCUGGUACAGGAGGGCCAAAGCGUGAGACAGAAAGCAGAGAGAAUGAACAGGUUGAGAAGUAGGUUACUACAGGCACAUGAAACCUUGGGUCAGGCCCAAAACUUUCACGACCCUUUGAUUCUACUGCAGACUUUAAAAAACACAGACUGGACUGAUUUAUUUGAUGAAAAAACUUGUGAAAAUCAGAUCUCAGAGACAAUUGAGUGGAAUCAUGCAAAACCCACAGCUCUGUCAAAGAUUUCCCCAUUGCUCCAGUCCAUCCGCAAGACAUUUGCUGGGGAUGAUAUUGUGUUCAACUCUUCAUCAGCACAUCACAGACUCAAGUUUAACCAAGAGCGCAACACCGUGUGGCUGACAGAUGAUGAUGGACUUUCUUCUGCCUCUUUGUCCUCUGAAGAUUUUUACUGUGUGAUGGGUGAAGCUUCAUUCUGCCGUGGCAUCCACUACUGGGAGGUUGAUGUGACUUCUGUCCACUCUUGGGCUGUUGGAGUGUCAUACAGAUGUCAGCGGGACUGUUCUGGUCUUGGCAGGAAUGAUCUGUCCUGGGCUUUACACUACAGUAGGGACCGCAGGCAGUUUUGUGCCCACCACGAUUGGCUUCAGUUCAGCUUCUCAGACUCUGGCCUCCCCGCACGAGUGGGUGUUUAUUUGGAUAUGGAUAGUGGUUUCCUGUCUUUCUAUGAUGCUGUUAGUAUCAAGCACCUUUACACUUUUUAUUGCGACUUUCAAGCUCCAGUGUUUCCUGCUUUCUGUCUGAGUUUGAGGAAUGCAGCAGGAGCUUCACAGCAGAUGAAAAUAAUAAACCCCAUGUCAAAUAAAAGACUAGGGAUGCUUUGAUCAGGAUUUUGCAGCCAAUACCGUGUACCGAUGUCUUGUGGUCAUGAUGACCAUCAAUACAGUAUAACUUUACAACAUGUUAUUGAUUAUUUUUUUAGAUUUUGUCAUUUUUCCUGCAGGUUAGUUAUGUUAACAGUUACAAAGAACAUUAUCACCUAUUAUACUACUCGCUUGAUACUCGAUUCUUAUUGGUCAAUCGCACCAUCUAGUGGCAUCUGCCGCUUAUCUUGGUAAGUGAUACAGUGGGGAAAAUACGUAUUGAAUAGUUUAAAAAAAAAUUCAGUACAUAUAUUUCCAAUGAGGUUAUUCACAUGAAAUUUUCACCAGACAUCAGUAUUAACUCAAAAAUCCACAAAUAUAAAGAUUCACAACAUUAAAGGGAUAUUUCGGCCAAAAUGUUUUAUGAAAAGUUUGGUUCCAAAACGCAAUAAAUCCAUUUUGACUAAUUUGGGUUUUCUAUACCAAGAAAGUGACCAGAUGAAAACCACUAUUUUCUGUUACAAACUUUCACUUAGCAUCUUUAGGUUAUAAAAACAUAAAAAAAUCAAAUCAAUAAUUUGAUUUUCAAAGAUUUAUUAUAAAAACAGAUUUUUUUCAAAAUGCUAUAAAUCUAUUGAAUGAAUAUAUAAAUGUGCAUUCAUCUUUGUCAUGUUAUAUUCAUUUAGUUGACUAGUGUUAUACACUGAUAAAAAAUAAACAUUAAUGGCAUUAAUCAAAACACUUACUUUGUCAUAUUAAGAACACUGUCAUUGCUGCGGUCAUUCUUGGGACGUCAUCGCUGAACUUUUUUUGACAGCGAUCAGCUGUAAAAUGUUUUGGUCUUGCUUGAUUUUCGUUGACUUGGAGUAAAAUAAUGGAAAGUUUUUCAUAAGAUCCUCUGGGGUCAAUGUGUUAGAAUGACAGAAGCUUGAUGCUGUCGGGAGAACAAGCAACAGCCGGCAUUUUUCUGUCUCUCGAGUGCCUCUCACGUAAAUUAUAAGAUGUUGAUGGCUGACGUUUCUUCCCCACCACAGAAAACCACCAAAGAUUUAUCAAUGUCAUCAAAAUUAUUAUUUUGUUUUUGUUUGUUUGUUGAUCACAAAGUAGAUGAGGAAAACUAGGAUUCUGUGUGUAUUCAAAGUGCGCCAUUGUUGUUCACAAUGUGUGGAAUGAUGCGCUGUGAUUGGUUAAGUGUUUAUCACGUUUUGGGAAAAAGGGAGAAAAGAUGACCAAAUAACACGGCGAAUAUUGGAUUUUGCGUAAAAUGAAUUUACUUUUUAAUAUUGAAUACAAUACUGGGCCGGGUUUCCCAAAAGCAUCGUAAGGCUAAGUAGAUCGUAAAAACGAUCGUACGAAUCAUCUUAGAAUUACGGGCCAUUUCCCAAAAGCGUCGUAACUUAAGUAGCACUUGAAAAUCAUCGUAGAUCUACGA